CGUCAAUUAAGAAAACUAUACGAAAAAAUGUUAUUCAAGAUGUACCUAUGUUAUUUGUUAAUACUCGCUAUUGGAAUCAUUCCUUCUUUCCAACUUCCAUCUGUCACUUUCCCAACAAGUGAUUCUGUAUUAAAAUGUGGUGAUCAGAUAACUGUAAAUUUUAUUGAUGACGGAAAACCACCGACCUCUUCAAUGUCAGGAAUCAAAGUUCAAUUCAUGACAGGUCAAGAAACGCAACCAAUUCCGUUACUCACCAUCGUCGAAAACCUUCCAAUCACUGAUUCCCAAUUCAAUUUUAACGUACCAUCUGUUAAAGAAUUGGGUUACCCCCCUGGAAAAUUUUAUUUCUUGAUGUUUUCGGAUCCUAGUAAACCUGAUAAAGGUGGCGUUAGUUGGAGUCCUAAAUUCACG